UUUAUUUUGGUUUGUUGACGGCUUCGACGAAAGAUGAUAUUUGACGUGUCCAUCAGGCAUAAGCCACAGAUGUUUGUUGUGAUAGCGUAACUUAAUUUAUAAAAUACAAAUUUACGAAUUUUAAAUUAGAAUAAAGUUAAGAAUUCAGCUUCCCAAACGGAUCUUAUGACUAAAAAUUUUCAUAAUAUACUAUUUACAUUUAAAAAUAGAUUAAUUUUCAUUUAAACUUGCCCUGUUGGUUGAAAAACAAUUAGGAUUUCCUGUGUACUACAUUCAUUAAAGUUGAAUAAACGUUUUGUAGCCAGUAAAUAUGAUAUUCCAUUAUUGACACAAUAGAAUAUUCUUGUACCGAAUAAACCACACAUAUAUAAAAAAAUGCGCCUGAAUGUAAGAAAACUAUUGUUUGUUAGUUGCGGUGUUUUAUUGUUGUGGUUCAUCGUCUCUUACUCGUCGAUUAUCGAGUUGCCGAGGUCUAUAACCUCUAAGGACACAGCAGCCGACGUAGAAAACAAAUUAGGCAGACUUCAGAAGAAAAUUGAUGACCAAAUGCUGGAAAGCAAAACACUGUUGCAGAAAGUGAAAAAUGAAUUGAAAAAAAAAACGCAAUCAAAGGAGUCUUUAAUUCAGUACUCUGAUGAAAUUAUUGAUGGUCCAACAAUACUACCGGUGCUUGUGAUCGCUUGCGACCGGGUCACAGUUAAAAGGUGUCUCGACAAUCUAGUCAAGUUCAGACCGGACAAGGAAAGGUUUCCGAUCGUAGUAAGCCAAGAUUGCGGUCACAACGCCACUUACCAAGUGAUACGCAGCUUCACCGAUGCGGAUCCGUCGAUAAAGGUCAUACUGCAACCGGAUUUGUCCGAGAUACCGCUUCCGAAGGUCAAGGUCAAGCUGAAAGGCUACUACAAGAUCGCAAGGCAUUUCAAAUUCGCCUUAAAUCACAUGUUCAAUACGUUGAAUCACGAGGCUGUGAUAAUUGUUGAGGAUGACCUGGACAUUUCGCCGGAUUUCUACGAAUAUUUCUUGGGCACGUAUCCUUUACUGCAAAAGGAUCCUAGUUUAUGGUGCAUAUCGGCGUGGAAUGACAACGGGAAGAAAGACAUCAUAGACCUGACCAGGCCGGAACUGUUGUACAGGACGGACUUCUUCCCGGGCCUCGGGUGGAUGCUCAGGAAGGAGAUGUGGACCAGACUCGAGCCGAUAUGGCCUCCGGCAUUCUUCGACGACUGGCUCCGCAAUCCAGUCAACACCCAAGGUCGAGCCUGCAUCAGACCGGAGAUAUCCAGGACGUAUUCGUUUGGGAAGAUCGGCGUGAGUCAAGGACUGUUCUUCGAUAAGCACCUUAGGAAAAUACAAUUGAAUCUGGAUUACGUCGAGUUCACUAAAUUAAACUUAACUUAUUUAUUAAAGGAUAAUUACGACGAGACUCUAACCUCUACGGUGUACUCCUUGCCGGAGGUGAUGGCCGAGGAUGUGAUACUUGGCGAGAUGGACUCCGCAGUAAGGGUCUCUUACUCCAAUGCCAAGAGCUACCAGCGGGCCGCCAAGAAACUUGGCCUCAUGGACGACUUUAGAAGCGGCGUCCCCAGGACCGCGUACAGAGGUAUAGUGACGUGCUUUAUUCGAGGUCGACGUGUUUAUCUGGCCCCGGACUACCAGUGGACCAAGUACGACCCCUCGUGGGGCUAGCGGGGGAGGGGUCGGUAGGGGGGGUUGAUGAUUGCUCGUGUAUUUUGGGCGUGCAGGGUGUGGGGGUUCUACGGUGUGAAGACAAAGAGAAGAUCUUCCAUCGAGCGGGAUCUUUGCUUACUUUUUUUUUAACUAUAGCUCCGUAUAAAGGCCAAUAGGAGUAAUAAUACAUAAUUACUUGAAUGCGCCGCGUAGGGCACCGGUGACCUACACUGCAGUCAACGUGCUAUAGAUCUAGUUAUGUCUAUGGCGUAGACAGGCGAUCGAGCUCACGGCCCGUCUGACGUGGAGCGGUCACAGGAGUCCAUGGACAUCAUAAGCCGCUGCCGAUCUUUAGAGGCGUGAGUUCGAAGUCUCAACUGUACAAUAGCUAUCCCAUCCUCUUUCGUUCUCUCUCGUGUUUGUCUUAAUUUUCUAUUUUUGCGAAGUGAAACUUCUUUAGGUACGUUAAGAGUAAAAUUUAACUCGCGACAGAUUCGUUACGGCUAAAGAGAUAAGAUACGAUUUAGUAUGAGCGAGAGUGAGAUAAUAGAUAGAGCGUCUCGCGAACCACUCGACCGUGCAGAGAGGAAAGAAGGAGCUAGGUCGUUUCUCUUAUACACAGCAUUCCCUAUUACAAGAGAAAUUUUAUUUAAGGAUGAAUAAUGAAGAAAACCACAAUAAUAUUAGACACAGCAAAAGAAGUUUCACUUCUUUCACGUGCACCAAGUUGCACGCGUUCCAGUUUUUUUGUUUUAAUAUUUGUUUAAUCUAUAAAUAACUUUACGGACUAUUUUCGAUUAUGUAUGUGCCGUUCGUUCAAUUUUAGAGAUUCAGAUCAAUACUGACCUGUUGACAAAAUGAUCCGGUUCGUACGACCCGUUCGUACGACCCGUUCAGUCCAACGUUUGGAUUACCGUUUAUCACAUCAAUUUAUGACGUAAUUAAUAUUAAUAUAAAGUUUAGUAUUGAAUAACAGUUUAAAGGAACUGUUAUAGUUCGAUUGUUUACGUGAGAUCAAAACAAUUCAAAUGCGUUAUGCGUCAUUAUGCGACAACGAACGACUAAGCGAGACGGGCGCGGGUCGAGACCCGGCAACCCGAAAUGACCCGAAUGACCCGGGUUUUGAGACCCGGGUCGUUUGAUUCGUUCGUUCGCGAACGACACAUAUCUAUUUUCGAGUAGUCAUUUCUUCAACUUGAUAUUGUUUAAUUUUUUAUUUAAACUGCGAAAUUUUUAUUUGAAUUUCGGUUGUAUUUAUUUUUGUCCCCGGUUACUAUUAUUAUUACUAUUGAGAAUUGAGGAUCGGUCGUUGUUUUGAGGCAUUGGGCAUAUGUCCAGCAGUGGUCGUCUGUGGGCCGAUACGUAGAAAUGUGUCAUUAAGCAUGUAAACGAACUGCCGACCGACCUGUUGGUAAGUGGUUAAUUAAACGAAAACCACGAGGCUAUUACCAGCCUGUUUCUGCCGUGAAGCAGUAAUACGUUUCGGUUUGAAGAGCGGGGCAGCCGUUGUGACUAUACUGAGACUUUAGAACUUAUAUCUCAAGGUGGGUGGCGCAUUUACGUUGUAAAUGUCUAUGGGCUCCAGUAACCACUUAACACCAGGUGGGCUGUGAGCUCGUCAACCUAAGCAAUAAAAAAAUUUAAAUUUUGUUUUUCAUUUAUUGAUGCACAAAACAAAUUACAAUCAUUACAGUAUAUAUUAGCUAAAUCGUAAAAGCAGUAUCUAAAUAUAAUCUAAAUUGCAAUCUAAAUAGUAUGUGCACUCAGAAAACCCAUAUUAAUGUAUAUAGCUUUGGCUAUUGAAAACAAAAUUACAAAAAAAAUAAAAAAAAAUACAUAUCGACGCUUGAAAGGCAAACGUGACUAAGCGACAAUAUUUGCUUUGUAUAUAAAUGAUAGGCAAUAACCAUAUUCGAUGCGCAAAAAAGUAUAUAUUUCUAGGUCUAUUAAAAUCAUUUCAAUCUCACAGCUAAAUUCAUUAGAAUAGAAUUUUUUAGAAAUAUAAUUUUGUUUUCAGGUAUUUCAACUUUAAAUUAGUCUAGUGUAAAGUUCACGCAUUGUCGCUUAGUCACGUUUGCCUUUCAAGCGUCGAUAUAAAAAUAAAACUAUGUGCUCAGAAAAAAAAAAGGUAUCCACAUAAGUAGAUAGAUAACAAUACAACCAACACAAACAUUAUAUUGAUAACUAGCCAUUGUUAAAUAUUGGUCGCAAACAUUUCGUAAUAUUAAGUUUUUAUUAAUUAUUUAUUUAUUUAUUUAGCACGCGAACGUCAAUAGAUCAAUAUUAACGACCAAUCUAUCGACUUUGUUACUGGCGUGUCAGCGAAAAUUAAUAAUAAUGUAAAUAGAUAUGUUUAAUUAGUACCAAGAAAUUGUUACCAAUAGUCUUAACAAAUUACAACAUUAACAAAACUUCGCUUUCCCGCCAAAACACAAGGGAUAUUUGUCCAUGACUUUUUUUUUUUUAAAUAGUAUUAGGCAAACGGUAUCGGAAACGUGGCUGCUAAACUGUUUACGUAAAUGCAUGUUGAGACUUUAAGUCAAAAUCUUAGAGGCUGCCGUACUGAGAAUGUUUUCGCUUGAAAUAAUCACAACCUCAUGACAAAAAUUGUCUCAAAUCAAAGUUGGUAAUGACAAAACAAGCAGAGCUCUGUCAAUAUUACCUUUUUAUCCGUAGUAGCCCUGAACAAUACUAACUUUAAAAGGUGUGUAUUGCAUUGUUUUGCUUUAUAGGGUAAACUAUACGAUUAUUGCCACUUUUAUGGUUCUAAUUUUUUUGUAUGGUGUUGGCUUAUUAUUGUUAGCACCGUAAGUUAAGGUUAAAUGAUUUAGCCUAUAACCGAAUAUUUUCUGUAAAAUUGUAUGUAUAUUUAUUUUUAUAUAUAUUUUUUCGUUUGCAUUUCGAUGUUUCCAUUGUAUAAAAUAAGAUAAUGUACCAAAUAAUAGUAAUAAAUUGGAUUUUAAGUAAGUCACGGGGUACGCAAUAAAAAAUGGUUUACCCUAUUGUGUUGUAAAAUAUGUCCUAUUUGUAUGCGUAUAAGACUGUGAUCUGUAUAAUGUAAAUAAACUGCUGUAAAUAGAUAUAAUGUGCGAAAAAAUGUUAUGUGAUUAGCUUGGAUUAAAUGAUUCUUUUGUUAAUUUUUAA